UUGGUGAUAAUAAAAAUAUUUGUUUACAUUCUAUUUGCAGGUGAAUACACAGUGAUGACAGCUCAUUUCCAUUUAAAGAGGAAGAUUGGCUACUUUGUCAUCCAGACAUACCUCCCGUGCAUCAUGACAGUCAUCCUUUCCCAGGUGUCUUUUUGGCUAAACAGAGAAUCUGUGCCAGCCAGGACUGUAUUUGGUGUGACCACAGUUCUCACAAUGACAACACUGAGUAUAAGUGCAAGGAACUCCCUGCCUAAGGUUGCAUAUGCCACGGCCAUGGACUGGUUCAUCGCUGUCUGCUAUGCCUUUGUCUUCUCCGCUCUGAUAGAGUUUGCCACCGUCAAUUACUUCACAAAGCGAGGCUGGGCUUGGGAUGGAAAGAGUGUCGUGAGUGAGAAGAAAAAGGAGAGGGCGUCUGUCACCAAGAAGAAUAACGCCUAUGCUCUGGCUGUGGCCAACUACGCACCUAAUAUCACCAAAGACUCCAGUACACUUCCGACUAUUGCCAAAGGUGGUAUUAUGGAUCCCUACAAGCCAAAAGCCGACAGCAAAGCCCAGGAGAGUAAAAAGACAUUCAACAGCGUCAGCAAAAUUGACAGGAUUGCACGAAUUAUGUUUCCUCUUCUCUUUAGCACCUUUAACCUUGUCUACUGGGCCACCUAUUUAAACAGAGAACCCAUUAUAAAGGAUAUGGUCCCCUCCAAUUAG